AGAAGGAGGCGUAUCUCGAUCACCUUUUUGUUUUGUUGGCCGCUACAGCUAGCUCUCUCUGUUGCUUCACCUCCAGCUGCUUUAUCAAGCUUUCUAUACAGCACAGUAACGAAUACAAUGGCUGUAAAUCCACAAGCUUUCGAGCAGUUCACUCUGAGACAAAUUCACAUCACUGAGAAUGAAUUUGGACGAGGUUCCUACGCUGUUGUCAUGGAGCUAGAGUAUCAAGGACUGAAAUGUGCCGGCAAGAAGCUUUACCGAGUUCUCUACGAGACUGGAAUCGGGCAUGCAGCACGAAGGUAUCUGGAGGAGUGUCACCUGCUCAGUCAAACUAGGCACCCCAACAUUGUCCAGUUUCUGGGAGUCUGUUUUGAGGAAGGCUCUCAGUUCCCCAUCCUAGUCAUGGAGUUCCUCCCCACCAACUUGACCAGCUGUCUCGAGCGCUAUGGUAUUCUCCCCGAUGAGAUCAACUUCUCCAUCCUCCAUGACGUCUCACUGGGCCUGGUCUACCUCCAUGGCCAAACACCAGUCAUUGUGCACAGAGACCUCUCAGCCAACAAUGUCCUCUUAUCUACCAACAUGACGGCCAAGAUAUCCGAUCUGGGGGUUGCUCGAAUAUUGAACCUGACUCCCCUUCAAGUGAGUCGAAUGACGGAGACCCCUGGCACCCCAGCGUACAUGCCCCCCGAAGUGAUGGUUGCCAACCCCCACUACAACACCAGUGUGGAUGUGUUCUCCUUUGGGAUCAUGGUGAUUCACACCUUCACAGCAGAGUGGCCACUACCAAGUAUCGGCCCCACCAGAAUCGAUCUCCUGCUAAUCCUGACAGACUGA